GUCCCUCCGGGAGCUUUUAGGGAACAGCUUCUCUAAAGAAGGGCACGGAGCGUAAGGAGGAUUCCCUUCGUUCCUUUUGAAUACGUCUGUCAUUUGUAGUUUCGGCGGAAAGGUUACUACAUGAAUUUGUUGAUGAGGAAGCUGAGACGCAAAGGCUAAGUGUCUGGUUAAGACCUGGCUGCACAGUCCAUGUCCUUAACUGCCGUGAAGAAGUGUGACUUUAUUAUCCAGAGGGGCAGGCAAGAGUGCAUACUGGGAGAUUCAGCUUGCAAGAAUUCUGAAUCUGACGUGGAGGAGUUUUCAGAUGAAACAAAUACAGAGAACCUUUAUGGCACCUCUCCCCCCAGUACACCUCGACAGAUGAAACGCAUGUCAACCAAACACCAGAGGAAUAGCGUAGGGAGGCCUGCCAGUCGCUCCAGUUUGAAAGAAAAAAUGAAUGCAUCAAAUCAGCCUCCACAUAGAGACACUGGAAAAAUCGAGGAGAAGAGGAUCCGCGCGGCUCUUAGGACAACUGAGCGCGACCGUAAGAAAAACGUGCAGUGCUCAUUCAUGAUGGAAUCAGUGGGUGGGUCUUUGCCCAAAAAACCGAUUCCAGAUGUGGAUCUCAAUAAGCCUUACCUCAGUCUCGGCUGCAGCAACACCAAGCUUCCGGUGUCUGUGCCCAUGCCUAUUGCGAGAACUGCACGCCAGACUUCCAGGACUGACUGUCCUGCAGAUCGCUUGAAGUUUUUCGAAACUUUACGACUUCUGCUAAAGCUUACCUCAGUCUCGAAGAAGAAGGACAGGGAGCAAAGAGGACAGGAAAAUACAUCUGCUUUCUGGUUUAACCGAUCGAAUGAACUGAUCUGGUUAGAGCUGCAAGCCUGGCAUGCGGGACGGACCAUUAACGACCAGGACCUCUUUUUAUAUACAGCCCGUCAAGCUAUACCAGAUAUUAUCAACGAAAUCCUUACUUUCAAAGUGAAUUAUGGGAGCUUUGCCUUAGUUAGAAAUAGAGCUAGUUUUAAUGGUACCCCAGUAGAAGGACAGUGCAAAGCCCCUCAUGGAACAAGGAUUGUGGGUUAUUCAACAUAUCAUGAGCAUCUCCAACGUCAGAGGGUGUCGUUUGAACAGGUAAAGCGGAUAAUGGAGCUGCUGGAAUACAUAGAAGCACUUUAUCCAUCGUUGCAGGCUCUUCAAAAGGACUAUGAAAAAUAUGCUGCAAAAGACUUCCAGGACAGGGUGCAGGCACUCUGCUUGUGGUUAAACAUCACAAAAGACUUAAAUCAGAAGCUAAGGAUUAUGGGCACUGUUUUAGGCAUUAAGAAUUUAUCAGACAUUGGCUGGCCAGUGUUUGAAAUCUCUUCCCCUAGAUCGUCUAAAGGCAAUGAGCCAGAAGAUGAGGAAGAUGACACAGAAGGAGAAUUGAAAGAGCUGGAAAGUAGCUCAGAUGAGAGUGAAGAACAGACCUCUGAUCCAAGGGUGCCAGAAACCAGGCAGCCCACUGACAACACUUUUAGCUUCCAGUCGCAGGACUGCGCCUCUAAGAAGCUUGAAAGGCUUGAAUCAGAGGAUGAUUCUGUUGGCUGGGGAACACCAGACUGCAGCACGGAAGCUGGCUUUAGCAGACACUGUCUGACUUCUAUUUAUAGACCAUUUGUAGACAAAGCACUGAAGCAGAUGGGGUUAAGAAAGUUAAUUUUAAGACUUCACAAGCUGAUGGAUGGUUCCUUGCAAAGGGCACGUAUAGCACUGGUAAAGAGUGACCGUCCAGUGGAGUUUUCUGAAUUUCCAGAUCCCAUGUGGGGCUCCGACUAUGUGCAGUUGUCCCGACCGCCACCCUCUUCAGAGCAGAAUUGUAGCACUGUGUCUUGGGAGGAGCUCAAGUCCAUGGACUUACCCUCAUUCGAACCUGCCUUCCUAGUCCUCUGUCGAGUCCUCCUGAAUGUUAUCCACGAAUGCCUGAAGUUAAGGCUGGAGCAGAGACCUGCUGGAGAACCAUCUCUCCUGAGUAUUAAGCAGCUGGUCCGGGAGUGCAAGGAGGUGCUGAAGGGCGGCCUUCUGAUGAAGCAGUACUACCAGUUCAUGCUGCACGGCGUCCGGGACGGCCUGGAGGAGGCCGACUGCAACAUCGACGCCUUCGAGGAGGAUCUGCAGGAAAUGCUGAUGGUAUAUUUUGAUUACAUGAGAAGCUGGAUCCAAAUGCUGCAGCAGUUACCUCAAGCAUCCCACAGUUUAAAAAAUCUGUUAGAAGAAGAGUGGAACUUCACCAAAGAAAUAACGCAUUACAUCCGGGGAGGAGAGGCCCAGGCUGGGAAGCUUUUCUGUGACAUUGCAGGGAUGCUGCUGAAAUCCACAGGGAGUUUUCUGGAGUUUGGCCUACAGGAGAGCUGCGCCGAGUUCUGGACCAGCGCUGAUGACAGCAGUGCUUCGGAUGAAAUAAGGAGGUCUGUUAUAGAGAUCAGUCGAGCCCUGAAGGAGCUCUUCCAUGAAGCCAGAGAGAGAGCCUCCAAAGCACUUGGCUUUGCUAAGAUGCUGAGAAAGGACCUGGAAAUAGCUGCCGAGUUCGUACUUUCAGCCCCAGUCAGAGACCUUCUGGAAGUACUGAAAUCCAAGCAGUAUGUUAAGGUACAGAUUCCUGGCUUAGAAAACUUGCAGUUGUUUGUUCCAGACGCUCUUGCUGAGGAGAAGGGUAUUAUCCUGGCGUUGCUCAAUGCAGCUGCAGGGAAGGACUGCUCCAAGGACUCAGAUGAUGUAGUGCUGAUUGAUGCCUAUUUGCUUCUGACCAAGCACAGUGACCGUGCUCGGGAUGCAGAUGACAGCUGGGCCAGGUGGGAGGCACCGCCUGUGAAAAUUGUGCCUCAGGUGGAGACUGUGGAGACCCUGAGAAGCAUGCAGGUGGAUAAUCUUUUACUAGUUGUCAUGCAGUCUGCUCACCUCCUAAUUCUGAGGAAAGCUUUCCAGCAGUCCAUCGAGGGGCUCGUGACUCUGCGUCAGGAGCAGACAUCCAGCCAGCCAGUCAUUGCCAAGGCUCUGCAGCAGCUCAAGAAUGAUGCGUUAGAGCUUUGCAACAGAAUAAGUGAUGCCAUUGACCGAGUGGACCACAUGUUCGCUUCAGAAUUUGAUGCUGAAGUCGAUGAGUCCGAGUCUGUCACGCUGCAGCAGUACCACCGCGAGGCAAUGAUCCAGGGCUACAAUUUUGGGUUCGAAUAUCAUAAAGAAGUUGUUCGCCUGAUGUCUGGGGAAUUUAGACAGAAGAUUGGAGACAGAUAUAUAAGCUUUGCCCGGAAGUGGAUGAAUUAUGUCCUGACUAAGUGUGAGAGUGGGAGAGGUACAAGACCCAGGUGGGCAACUCAAGGUUUUGACUUUCUGCAAGCCAUUGAGCCUGCCUUCAUUUCAGCUCUACCAGAAGACGACUUCUUGAGCUUGCAAGCCUUGAUGAACGAAUGCAUUGGCCACGUGAUAGGAAAGCCACACAGUCCUGUUACAGCCAUUCAUCGGAACAGCCCCCGUCCUGUGAAGGUGCCUCGAUGCCACAGUGACCCUCCUAACCCCCAUUUGAUUAUCCCAACUCCAGAGGGAUUCAGCACCCGGAGCGUGCCUUCGGACGGGCGGAGCCAUGGCCCCGCAGGCGGCGACUCUGCGCCACCCAAACCCACCAGCAGUGCCCAUGACGCCAGGGGUUCCAGUGUCCCUGAAAAUGACCGGCUGGCAUCCAUCGCCGCUGAGCUGCAGUUCAGGUCCCUGAGUCGCCAUUCAAGCCCCACCGAGGAGCGUGACGAGCCAGCCUAUCCGAGAGGCGAUGCGAGCGGGUCGGCACGAAGAAGCUGGGAACUGCGGACGCUCAUCAGCCAGACCAAGGAUACCGCUUCUAAACAAGGACCCAUAGAAGCGAUCCAGAAGUCAGUUCGAUUAUUUGAAGAAAAGAGGUAUCGAGAAAUGAGGAGGAAGAAUAUCAUCGGCCAAGUGUGCGACACCCCCAAAUCUUACGAUAAUGUCAUGCAUGUUGGCCUGAGGAAGGUGACCUUCAAGUGGCAAAGAGGAAACAAAAUUGGAGAAGGGCAGUACGGGAAGGUCUACACCUGCAUCAGCGUGGACACGGGCGAGCUGAUGGCCAUGAAGGAGAUUCGAUUUCAGCCUAAUGACCACAAAACGAUCAAGGAGACGGCAGAUGAGCUGAAGAUAUUUGAAGGCAUCAAGCACCCCAACCUGGUGCGGUACUUCGGUGUGGAGCUGCACAGGGAGGAGAUGUACAUCUUCAUGGAGUACUGUGACGAGGGCACACUGGAGGAGGUGUCACGGCUCGGGCUCCAGGAGCAUGUCAUCAGGCUGUAUUCUAAGCAGAUCACCAUUGCAAUCAACGUCCUCCACGAGCAUGGCAUCGUUCACCGGGACAUUAAAGGUGCCAACAUCUUCCUUACCUCGUCGGGACUAAUCAAAUUGGGAGAUUUUGGAUGCUCAGUGAAGCUUAAAAACAAUGCCCAGACCAUGCCUGGGGAGGUGAACAGCACGCUGGGGACAGCAGCCUACAUGGCUCCGGAGGUCAUCACUCGCGCAAAAGGAGAAGGUCACGGGCGUGCUGCUGACAUCUGGAGUCUGGGCUGUGUUGUCAUAGAGAUGGUGACUGGCAAGAGGCCUUGGCAUGAGUACGAGCACAACUUCCAGAUCAUGUACAGAGUGGGGAUGGGCCAUAAGCCUCCAGUCCCGGAGCGGCUGAGCCUGGAGGGAAAGGACUUCCUGUCCCACUGCCUUGAAAGUGAGCCCAGGAUGCGGUGGACAGCCAGCCAGCUCCUCGACCACUCCUUUGUCAAGGUUUGCACGGAUGAGGAAUGAAGCACAGCCGCCUGGCUUGGAGCGUGUGCGCUCGGGAGACUCGUCACUACUGUAUGUAAUAUUUACAUGGAGACUGCUGAGGCGCAGCGGGAGCCUCUUCAGCUCCCCCGGCUGAAGCUGCACCGUGACGGGCGUCGCCUCGCCCGCUGCCCCUGCUGGCGUGACCUGCACGGGGCUCCCGAGGAGUGUCCAUGAGGUAAAGAAGCUACAUGCUAAGUGCCAUUUCUACUGUACACGGAUGUUGCCUCGUCACCCCAUUCCUCGCGUGACAGACCGCGACUCCAGUGUAGUGUUUUGACCGUUCUUGGUUCAGAAGCAGCUGUAGUGUUUCCAGGCGUCCGGGCCUUGCUGUGACUCCUGUCUGUCGAGGGCACUGACUGUGAAACUGUACCUGUUGUUGCUGGCAAGCUGCAGGCUUGUCCUGCAAAAGGCUGAUAAUGAAAUUUAAGAAAAAGGUUCUUUUUUCAAUAAAUGGUUUAUUUUAGGAAA